GCGGCAGGGAGGGAGGCGGCGGCGGGAGGAGGGAGCGGCCGCGAGCCCAAUCGCUCGGCUCCCCGCCCCGGCCCGCGCGGCGCCGCCUCCGCCAUUGCUGCGAGCAGGCGCGGGCGGCGCGGAGGCUCGGAGCGCAGAGCUGCCGGAGCGGGGCGUCGGGCGGCAGCUUCGGGUCUCCCGGAACGAUGGUGAAGUUGGGGAACAAUUUCGCGGAGAAGGGCACCAAGCAGCCGCUGCUGGAGGAUGGCUUCGACACCAUCCCCCUGAUGACGCCCCUCGAUGUCAAUCAGCUGCAGUUUCCGCCCCCGGAUAAGGUGGUCGUGAAGACUAAGACCGAAUAUGAACCUGACCGCAAGAAAGGCAAAGCGCGGGCUCCCAAGAUAGCCGAGUUCACCGUCAGCAUCACCGAGGGUGUCACCGAGAGGUUUAAGGUCUCCGUGCUGGUCCUCUUUGCUCUGGCUUUCCUCACCUGUGUCGUCUUCCUGGUUGUCUACAAGGUGUACAAGUAUGACCGCGCCUGCCCCGAUGGCUUCAUCCUCAAGAGCACCCAGUGCAUUCCAGAAGGCUUGGAGAGCUACUAUGCGGAGCAAGACUCCAAUGCCCGGGAGAAAUUUUACACCGUCAUAAACCACUACAACCUGGCCAAGCAGAGCAUCACCCGCUCGGUGUCGCCGUGGAUGUCUGUUCUGUCAGAAGAGAAGCUGUCGGAACAGGAGACGGAAGCUGCGGAGAAGUCGGCCUAGCGAGAUGGGCAGGUUCCUUACAAUGUGUCACUUGAAGGUAACAAAGGGACUUUGAGGGACAUUUCAUUAAAUAUAAUUAUGAUAAUUUAGAGGUUAUCAUUUAUGGUGCAACUGCUUCUGUUUGCUAAUGCUGCUUUGCAAAUAAAACUUGCUGCAGACCCCCCAUGGGCAUACAAUCAAGUGCAUAUCAGCAUUGCUUAAAGAGCUCCGACACCGUCUUUCAUGUUAAGGAAUCUUAAUUUAGCAACUUUACUGGGAUUUAUUGGAUGCUCUCAAAAAACAAAUUACAAUGGAUACGCAAGGGGUUCGGACUUCAGAUAAAUAAUGCAUUUUGUGAUACUGAUUUUUUAAAAGCGACCUUGCUGUUUGCAAACCUGCCUCCAUAGCCAUAUCUAGAGUGACCCCUUGCUUUGCUCAGAGCGAGCUGCACUUCACGUCUCUUCCACCCGCCAUCAGAUGGCCACAGUGCCGAUCGCCAAGACGCGCUGUAGUGAGUGGGGUCAAGAAGGAAGGAGAAAUGACUUUGGGUGGCAGAUGCUGCCUCUCCUCCCUGUGCUCAUCCCUAAGUGUGCAAGUGCACUGCCACAAGGCACACUCAGGUGGUUCUAUUAUUGCUGUCAACAGAACGCACUCAGUUGCCUCUGGCGUUGGCAUCUUGGUACGGAGGGCUCCACUGGGUAGAGAGGCUGUUUCACUCGAGUGCAUGCAGACUGUGUCAAAAAGCAUGUGAGCUGCAGGGACUCUGGAGAGACAGGACCCCGGGCUCUAGGCUGCGGAACUGCCCUCGCUGUAGGUAGUCCGUCUGCUCUGUGACGUGCUGAAUAGGAAUGAAACCCCACUGGCCCUUUUGUUCACUUGAUUAUGAAUAAAUCUGCACCAAUAGCCCUGUUAGCAAGUCAGUUUUUAAAGAAUUAGCUGGGUGGGAAAAGUGAAAAUGUAAUUGCUGGUCAGAUAAAACAGAUAUAACUGCUUUGCUGUCAACAGGCAGGAAAGGCUGGUGGGGGCUGGUGUGGCACCUUUCAAAUCCAAUUAUGACAUUUCAAGUCACAAUCUUUGUAAGAAAAUUAUGUUUAAACCUGAACCUUGACAUUAAAGUAUAUGUUUACAAAAUUGCCAGUUAGAUAAACUAAGUGUGUAAGACAGUUAAGUAGAAAGAUUCAGACAUUUUCUUCCAUGUUAUUUGAAUGUGUUGUUUCUGGUGGAUAUGUCAAAAGUUUCACUGUUUUUUAGUAGAUCAAAAAUAAAUGACAAAUAGUGUAAGA